AAGUCCAUUGGAAGACUGUUUUCAGGUAUCAAGUGGGCAUAUAAUGACAUAAACUCAUCAACACUUACAGGCGCGAUUGAUGUUAUUGUUAUCAAACAGGCUGAAGGAACUUACAAUUGCGGGCCUUUCCACGUCAGAUUUGGAAAAUUGACUGCGAUUCAUCCGGUGGACAAACACGUUGAGGUUUAUGUGAAUGGGCAUUAUUUGGACUUUAUUCACAUGCGUUUGGGGUGCGCUGGUGAUGCAUACUUUGUUGAAGACCCAGGCACCUUCAUUAUAGACAGCGACAAUGAGUCCAACUAUGACGCGAAAUCGCUCCCAGAUACGAUAUAUUCUAAUUGUCGUCCACUUGAUGAGGCUUCUUUAACUCCUAACCGGCGACGCAGGCGAAGGGCUCGAUGCGAACUCUUUAAUUCAGAAUCAGAUUCUUCUCGUUUAUUCGAUACUGACGGUAUCUGCAGUGAUGAAGACACAAGCUACAAACAGUCCGGUUCAGCCAUGGCUCGAGGUUGCGAAUGUCUUUCUGAUGGCGAAUAUUCAACCGAGGUUUUACAUGACACGAAGACUUUGGCUCCACAUUUCUCAUCAGAGAGUGCUUUAACAUUAGUGACUGAUAAAAUUGAAAAACCUUUGCAGUGGGAUUGGGGGAAUUUCCCAACGAGGGCUGGAUUUACUGAAGAUUUAGCAGUCUGCUCUGACGAAUUUAUAAAAGAUUCAGACUCUUGCCUCUCCGAUGGUAACAAAAUAAUUGCUUCGGACCAGCCGAAAGAUAUAUCAAGUAACAAUGCCCCAAAAGAUGGAGUUUACUUAGAGGAUUUAGUUACUUCCAAGGUUUGCGAGCAGAUCAAGCAAAAUUACAUUUACCCCCCACUUGAUAAUUACAAUCCUACUUGUGCAAUGAGGAAGAAAACUGUCAAUGACUUUAAUUUGAUAGAUGCAGGCUACAAAUCAGAUGGAGAAUGUUCACCCUGUGCAACUCCUAAUUGUCAUUCAACAAGCGAUUUGAAAUUAUCCUUAUGUGGUAAUCUUACUGCUGACUCACCUAUUCAGGCUGACAAAUUUUACGAACAUCUCAUAUCUUUCGAAGAUUUCCUCCAGGACCCUGAUGGAAUCCUUUCAAACCCAAAUCUUGUUAUUCUUUUGAAUGGGAAAUAUCUUAAUUGGGCAGUGGCUGCUCCAAUUAUUGUUAGCAUGCUUGCCUUCCAAACAGAGCUCCCUCAUCUCACUCUUCGUAGGUUAGAAGAUUUGCACAUGCCUAAAAAGAAAGCGAGGAGGAAAACGUGGUUUAGUUGGGGAAUGCGAACUAGUGAUCCUACUGAUACUCCAGUCUCUACAACUAGUUCAUCCCAAGAGGAUCAAGGCUUGAAAAAUAAAGCAAAUGACUCCACUUCCUCACGCUCUUCAGAGGCAUUUAAUGUUCAGCAUUCUAUCAAGGAAAUGGAUACGCAACUUCCUCCACAAAAGCCAGUUCAUAAACCUACGAAAAGAAAUCGUUUGACCUCGGAUGAAGUAUGCCAAAUCGGCUUAAAGCCAGGCCGUAACGAACUUGAAUUUCGAGUAACUACCAAGUACCAGGGCACCUGUUCAUGUACAGCAUCUAUUUUUCUAUGGGAUUAUUCCGAUCGAGUAGUUAUAUCUGAUGUAGAUGGCACGAUUACGCGCAGUGACGUUCUUGGACAUUUGCUUCCGAUGUUGGGUCGCGAUUGGACCCACGAUGGGGUUGCUCAGCUAUACCAUCAGAUUGCAAAUAACGGUUAUAAAUUUCUUUAUUUGUCCUCCAGACCCCUCGGUCAAGCAGGUCUUACACGAAGUUAUCUAAGACAAAUAGAGCAAGAGGGUUGUUUUCAUCUCCCCGAUGGACCUAUACUUCUCUCUCCCAAUUCAUUGCUUCGUGCGUUCCAUUUAGAGGUUAUUGAAAAGACACCAGAAAUUUUCAAGAUUCAGUGCUUGACUGAUGUCCGAGCCCUUUUUCCUGUUAAUUCAGCUCCUCUCUACGCUGGAUUUGGGAACAAAACUAAUGAUGUUCUUGCAUAUAUCGCAUCAGGGUUGGGAACACUUCAUAUUGUGACUUGA